GUGGAACAAGCCGUCAUGCAGGCGUCCUGGGGGGCGUGCACGCCUGUCAGGGGGGCCUCCGCGGUCAGUGACUCCCCCCUCCUGGGGGCAGCGCCUCCGUGUGACGUCAGCUGCAGGGCGAAGGGGCAGAUCUCGCCGGGUCCGACCUGCAGGGUGGCAACACGCCUGGGUCCAGAGGAACGCUCAGGGAUGGAGGCGGUCCUGAGGAAGAUCCGGAUCCAGAACCAGCUGGUCCGGGAGUGCCUGGCUGAAUGUCUGGGGGUCUACGUUCUGAUUCUUUUUGGAUGUGGUUCUGCUGCACAGGUGACCACGUCACAAGAGAGGAGGGGCCACUACCUGUCCAUCAACCUGGGAUUCGCUCUGGGCGUCACAUUCGGGGUCUUUGUGUCUCGCGGCGUCUCAGGGGCCCACCUCAACCCGGCCGUUUCUCUCAGCUUGUGCGUUUUGGGCCGACAUCCGUGGCUGAAGCUGCCCUUCUACGUGGCCUUUCAGCUCUUCGGGGCCUUUCUGGCUGCAGCGACUGUGGGCCUCCAGUACUACGACGCCAUCAGGACGUACGGAGGAGAUCAGCUGACGGUGACGGGCCCCAGAGCCACGGCGGGAAUAUUCUCCACCUACCCGGCAGACUAUCUGAGCCUGUGGGGCGGGGUUGUCGACCAGGUGGUCGGCACCGCCGCCCUGCUGCUGUGCCUCCUGGCUCUCGGGGACCAGAGGAACACCCCCGUCCCUGACGCCGUCCAGCCCGUCCUGGUGGGCUUACUGGUGCUGGUCAUCGGCGUCUCCAUGGGUUCGAACUGUGGAUACGCUCUGAACCCGGCCAGGGACCUGGGCCCCCGCUUGUUCACGUACAUCGCUGGCUGGGGAGCGGAUGUCUUCAAGGCUGGAGGGGGCUGGUGGUGGGUGCCCAUAGUGGGACCGUGUGCCGGAGCUCUGCUGGGAACCCUGAUCUACCAGCUGAUGGUUGGAGUCCACCAUCCUCCGCUUCCCUCCGAGUGCCAGACCUCCUGUGAGGAAGCCACGGAAACCAAGAUGGAGCUGGAGGCGGAGUCAUACUUAAAGAGCCGCUGCUGAAAAGGGGGGAGAGGCAGCCCCCCCCACUGGUUCUGGUUCUGGAGAACUAAAGCCGUGAGGUUAAAGUCAUUUUCUGCAGCCACAGUCCAGAAACCUGCGUCACUUUGACUCUAGAGCUGUGCGUUCACGCGAUUGGCCCCUUACCUGUCCACGGUGAAGCCCCUCCCCUGACAGGAGUGGGCGUCGUCCAGCGCCCCCAUGACCCUUAACGGGAGACGGAGGGUCUCCGAUCAGGAGUUCUCCCAUCAAACUCUGUUUCCAGGAAAGCACAGAUUCUGAUUUUAAAGGUUUGGAUUCGUGGUGCAGCGGUUUGCACCUUCAGAAGGCCCCGGUUCAAAUCCCAGCUGGGUUCACCCUGUGGGCCGUCCCCCGACCUCCCACUGUCCACAAACAGUGGGCCCCAGUGAGUUCAGGACGUGGAUGGACGGAGGUUUGAAUCCCAUCUUUGUUCAGACAGAAUCCAUAAAUAUAAAUCUAUAAAAGCUGAAACUUUUCACUUUCCCUGAAUGAAAAUUAUUUAAACGACGUUUGGAAAUUUACAAGACUGUAAAAGACGCCUUUAGAGCCGAGGACGUCGUCUUUUAUUGCACUUCUGGGUUUCACAGACGCAGCAGAAGUUAUGAGGUCAUCGACUCUGAGGGGGGGAGUCGGUUGUUUAUGUUUUGAUGCUGUUAACCUAAAAAUAGAGAAAAGCGGGUCAACCUGACUUUAAAGACCCGGAUUGUUCUCAGGGCCUCCAGAGUUAAUGUUUUAGAACAAGGAGCCGCUUUUCCAGGAGAAAAGGCAGGUGGAAUGUUUUAUUACUGAAUGCAAAUGAAACUUAAAGGGUCAAAAUAAAGAAAUGAUCAAAGUUGA